AUGAGCUUCUUGUACCUCUUGGGGGUUUUCCUGGCUGUCCUUCCAAGCCUUGAGGCUGGUUCCUCCCUACGCUUCAUUGCAGUUGGAGAUUGGGGUGGACUCCCCAAUGCACCUUUCUACACGGCUCGUGAAGUAGCCGUGGCCAAAGAGAUGGGGCGAACUGUUGCUUCACUGGGAGCUGAUUUCAUCUUAUCUCUUGGAGACAACUUUUAUUACAAUGGGGUGACCAAUAUGUAUGACAAGCGUUUUCAGGAAACCUUUGAAUCAGUUUUCCAAGCACCCUCACUGCGUAAAUUGCCCUGGUAUGUUGUGGCUGGAAACCAUGAUCAUUCUGGGAAUGUGUCUGCCCAGAUUGCUUAUAGCAAAAUCUCCAAGCGCUGGCAUUUCCCUAAAUAUUACUACAAGCUGAGGUUCAAGGUGCCUGGCAGCAAUACUACUCUUGCCAUCCUCAUGAUAGACACGGUGACCAUCUGCGGUAAUUCAGAUGACUUCCAAAGCGAGCAGCCCUUACGUCCUCAGAAUGCAGGCAUGGCCCGUAGCCAGUUGUCUUGGCUCCGCAAACAGAUGGCCAGUUCCCAGGAUGACUACUUGCUGGUGGCAGGGCACUACCCAGUAUGGUCUGUGGGAAAGCACGGCCCCACUGAAUGCUUGGUCAAGCAGCUUCAGCCACUGCUAUUGAAACACAAGGCCACUGCCUACCUGUGUGGCCAUGAUCACAACCUGCAGUACCUACUGGACAAAGGUGGCAUAGGCCAUGUCUUAAGUGGAGCAGGAAACUUCAUGGAUGACUCCAAGCAACACCUCCAUAAAGUCCCAAAUGGCUACCUACGCUUCUUCUAUGGGCAGGCGUCUUCCCAAGGAGGCUUUGCCUACUUUGAGAUUGAUGGCAAAGAAAUGCGAAUCUUCUAUAUUGAGGCCAGGGGCAAGUCUCUUUACAAGACUUCACUACCCAGGCGGAGACUAUUCUAAAAUUCAGACAGCAGUUUUGCUAACUUCUGCAUUAGAUACUGUGACUCAGAGAGAGAGGCACUGGUGGCAUCUCUGGUUCACCCACACCCUCGCUUCUUUCCAUUAGGUUGAGAGCUGGCAAGUGUAAACAAGGGAAUUAAUGAGAGUUUGUGUUACUGUUUCUCAUAUUUUGAGAGUCUCUCCCAGUGAAUGUAACCUCCGAAGUCCCAUGGGUAAGCAGAUCAAGAAUUGUCAAUGAUCCAGCUCACUUGCUGCAUGGACAGUGAUUCCAGUUCAUCUCUGAACAGUAGUACAGUUUAGUUUUUCAGGAUUUUAGGAUAGGCUAAUAAUAGAAGCUGAAGACUUAGCAAUAUCAGCCAGCGGUACAACUCCUAUCUAGCUUAACUCCACUCUUAUUCCUGGAUAGUGUUAUAGUCUUGCUGUAUGCACAUUCUAUUGCUAGAUAACAUAUGGGGGGCAGUUUCUGUUGGCAGUGCUUUUAGCACCCAGUUGUCAUGCAUACGUAAAUAAAGGUGCCAAUUAUUGAGGAAUGAGCAACACAGUAAUAACAUUCUCCAAACUUUCCUCAACACUCUAAAGGAAAAAUGAGGACAGUUCUUUGAUUUGGUUAUGUAGUUUGUCCCAGAAGCAUGCUAAAAGCCUGACCUUGUCAUGAGCACAGUGUAGAAGCAAUAAUCGGACCUAAUGAUGCCACUAACACUAAAAAAUUGAUAUGUUGUCAGUUUCAGAGGAAGAUAGUGGGAUUCAACAGGCUGAAGAAUGGGGGCAGAAGUUAACUUUAACACCUGCAGUUUGAAGUGCUGGAGAAGAGAUUAAGUUGGAUCCAAGAAUAACAAAGACUUCAUUGUCAUUGUCCCCCACUGCCACUUUAGGACUGUACAAUCCAUUUUUGCCAUCAGACCAUUUUAGGUUCACAAUUCUGCAUUCUGUAGUAUGAGUAAAUAGUGCAGCAAGGGGUUUCCCUCCUCUUUGCAUGCAAGUCCCAGGAGACAGUAAUGGUUAAGGAAGAACAGUAUACAGGACAUCUCUUGCAUGUGUUAGAUAUUAUAUUGUUUAGCCACAUCAGGGCAUUGGAUUUAAUGGUUCCUUAUCCAAGGGGUUGAUGCCCCAAUGCUUCAGACUUAGAGAACAUCAUGACAUGCGUGCCAAAGGGUUAGGAGACUUUUCUGUAUUCUAAAUGGAUUAUCUGACUAAUGAUGAUUUUGCAUUGCAAAUACAGGGAGCGAAUGAACAUCUGAUAAUGCAUCAUUUCCUUUCUUGUGUCUUAUCUGUUUUUUGAUAGAUUUUGCUUGCAAUGUUAGCUGCAGUUAUGUAUUUAAAGUCAUAUAUUUGCCAAAAAAUGGGAAAAUUCAGUUUCCUAUGAGAUGUAUGAUUAUUUACCACCAGAAUUCAAUUUUAUUCUCUAUGUAGUGUUCUUAAUUUGCUUUAUAAGAGAA